GGGACAGUCAACCCGCAACAGUUGUCUCUGCUGAAUCUUCACAAACAUGAAAGUUCUGCUGAUCGUCGCCUUGGCUCUGGUCGCCCUGACCGCCGCUCGACCCUCCGACGUGAUCGACAUCGAGGAGGACCACAUGGAGCACGAGCAGGAGGGCGUCCCAGGAACGGCCGUGGAGGGCGAGUACUCGUGGGUAGCGCCCGACGGGAACGAAUACGUCGUCAAGUACGUCGCCGACCGAAACGGGUACCGCGUGGUCGACGACAACGUCCUUCCGGAGUUCCGUGACGCCAAACCUGACGGUGAAGCAGAGGAGGCUGACGACGAGUAGGGGGAUGACCUGAAAUCCAAUUGUCUUUCAUUAAAAAAAAAAAAAAAAAAAA